CUAGAAAGCCACAGGUCUGGAGAGCCAUGGUGGAAAGCCGCUGAAGCAACGGCAAGGAUGGGACUGGUGAGCAGUAAAAAGCAGGUCAAGGAGAAGGACAAGGGUCGAUGGAGUCCCCUGAAGGUCAAUGCCCAGGGCAAGACGCCCCCGCCGCUGCCGCCCUUGGUCGUGUUCAACCACCUCACUCCUCCACCCCCGGACGAACACCUAGAUGAAGAUGAGCACUUCGUGGUGGCCCUGUACGACUAUGCUGCUGUGAACGACCGGGACCUGCAGAUGCUGAAGGGAGAGAAGCUGCAGGUCCUGAAGGGGACCGGAGACUGGUGGCUGGCCAAGUCGCUGGUCACGGGAAGAGAAGGCUACGUGCCCAGCAACUUCGUGGCCCGCGUGGACAGCCUGGAGGUGGAAAAGUGGUUCUUUAGAUCUAUUAGCCGGAAGGAGACGGAGAGGCAGCUUCUGGCCCCGAUCAACAAGGCCGGCUCCUUUCUCAUCAGAGAGAGUGAAACCAGCAAAGGUGCCUUCUCCCUGUCUGUGAAGGACGUCACCGCCCAGGGGGAAGUAGUCAAGCACUAUAAGAUCCGCUCCCUGGAGGAAGGGGGCUACUACAUCUCCCCCCGGGUCACCUUCCCCUCGCUCCAGGCCCUGGUGCAGCACUACUGCAAGAAAGGGGAUGGUUUGUGCCAGAGGCUGACCGUGCCCUGCGUGAGCCUCGCUCCUCAAAACCCCUGGGCCCAGGACGAGUGGGAGAUCCCCCGGCAGUCUCUCAGGCUGGUCAGGAAACUCGGAUCGGGGCAGUUUGGUGAAGUCUGGAUGGGCUACUACAGAAACAACGUGAAGGUAGCCAUCAAGACCUUGAAGGAGGGAACGAUGUCUCCGGAAGCCUUCCUGGGCGAGGCCAACCUGAUGAAGACUCUGCAGCACGAGAGGCUGGUCCGGCUCUACGCCGUGGUCACCAAGGAGCCCAUCUACAUUGUCACCGAGUACAUGGCCAGAGGGUGCCUGCUGGACUUCCUGAAGACAGACGACGGUGGCAGACUGUCCCUCCCGAGACUGAUCGACAUGUCAGCCCAGAUCGCCGAAGGGAUGGCGUACAUCGAGCACAUGAAUUCUAUCCACCGCGACCUGCGGGCGGCCAACAUCCUGGUGUCUGAGACCUUGUGUUGCAAAAUCGCUGACUUCGGUUUGGCCAGGAUCAUCGACAGUGAAUACACUGCCCAGGAGGGGGCCAAGUUCCCCAUCAAGUGGACUGCCCCGGAGGCCAUCCACUUUGGGGUGUUCACCAUCAAAGCAGACGUGUGGUCGUUCGGGGUCCUCCUGAUGGAGAUCGUCACCUACGGGCGGGUGCCGUACCCAGGAAUGAGCAACCCCGAGGUCAUCCGCAACCUGGAGCGCGGCUACCGCAUGCCUUGCCCCGACACGUGCCCGCCCGAGCUGUACCGCGGCGUCAUCGCCGAGUGCUGGCGCAGCCGGCCCGAGGAGCGGCCGACCUUCGAGUUCCUGCAGUCGGUGCUCGAGGACUUCUACACGGCCACGGAGCAGCAGUACGAGCUGCAGCCCUAGCCCGCCGGCCCGCCGCCCGGGUCACCUCCCUGCAAGCCGGGAAGACAGGCAGGGACAGGGCGCCCCUGUCCCAGACGGAAACCAGAAGCAGAGGGGGCUUCGCGGGCGGGUCCGGCAGGGUCUCAAGCAGGAGCCCAGUCUGCCCGCCCCUCCCUGGCUGUGUGCCCUCGGACAAGUUACUAGCCUCUCUGUGCCUCCACUUUCUCAUCUGUACAAUGGGGAAGGACCACAUAGGUACACACGUCCUAUGUCUUGUCCUGAGGACGACGUUAGGCCCAGUGAGGUGCUGGGAACAGUACCUGGCACAUUAUUAAGUGACUGUCAUCAAGGCUCCGGUGCUGGUGCCAUAGCCAGGAGACGGGCCACAGAUGACCGAGAGCCCUACUGCUCUGACCUGGGGGGACCGCACCCCUGUGCCCACCCUUUCAGCUGCAGAAGCAGGACGGGAUCCCCUAGACCUGUGGUCCCCAACCUCCAGACAGCAGAAAAAUGAUCUUCCAUGAAACUUAGGAAAGGGGGUGUGGCCGCCCGGCAGCCGGUGCGCGGCGAGUGAGAAGCUUCCCCCGUAGUGACAGCUGCUCCCGCGGCUGCAUCCCCGCCUGCGCCCCGCUUCCCCCCCCGCCCCUCCCGUGCGUGGAAAAAUUGUCUUCCACGAGACUGGUCCCUGGUGCCAAAAAGGUUGGGGACCGUUGUCCUGGGCACUUGGGGUCUGUUGAAUAAUAAAGUCACGAGUCUGA